UAGAGUUUAGUGCUAUUGGUUCUAUUUCAAACCCAGAUAUACCUUUAGAAAUUGGAAAGGGACAAAUGGGUCUGUUUUCACGUGUAAAUUUUUCUUCAUACACGUUCACCGUGCUCUAAAACCCGUUUAUCUAGAAAACUUAACUUCUACAAAACUUACUCGCUCUUCUACCAAGUAUACAUAAAGUUUCGGGCGUUCAAAUAUCCCAAAAGUUUUCAUGAUUUUACUUUCAAACAAUUUAGUUUGAAACAGUUUUUCGAACAUGACAGAUUCUAAGAGCUCAACGGAAACUUCAGUGCCUGAAGAUUAUACGAACAAAAUAUCGACAUCUGAUUUGGUGGAGAAAUUGACUCAAGUGGACGACUGUGUUCGUGAUUUGAGGAAAGAGAUCGCCCUCUUGCGGACAAAUAGUUUCACUCUGAAUCAUGUCAUUGAGACAGUUGAGACUACAAUUCGAAAAUAUCAAGACGGCAAACAGAAAGACGAUCUGGGCAACAUCCAAUUCGACCUCAGUAUCCCCCUGGGAAGUGUGAACAAACUGACCAACAUGGGGGUAGAGAUGCGGGCGAGUACAACCAGAAUGCACAACACCAUCUCAAAAACGAGCGACACUCUCUUCGAAAUAACUUGUGCAGUCAUGGGUGACAUGAACGAAGAUGCGCCAGGGGCGAAAUUAACCCACACAAUUCUGAACGAUUUUUCGUACAUUUUCAGACAAUUUUUCAAAGAAUUUUGA